UUCCAGCUCCUGAGAGAGAAAGAGAGAGAGGAGGAGGAGGGGCUAUUCUCAGCCACACUCAGACAAGCACAUCAACAGACAGCUCCGCUGAAAUAAGCUGAAAGUGCUGAUAGCUUCUCUCAAAUCCAGGUUUAAUCAGCCCCUUCUUUUGCGUUGCUGUUGAUCUCAAAACUAGAAGACCACAAAAAUCUUAUGCAGUUAUCUUUGGGGAGAGAAUAUCUUCACUGUCCCUAAUCCCAGGGACAGACUCUGCAAAGAGAGUGUUCAGGAAGCCAACAGGUCUUCAUACUGGAGAAGAAGUCUGUGGACCAAGGGCAAGGAUUCUGAGCUGCUAUCUCCACUGGAACCCUUGGCUUUCUUGCAAAACCCAAGAGGGUCUGGACAGUCCUCCUUAGCUGAGAGAGCAUCCCAUGAAGUGAUCCUGUUCCAUGGCGGCGUCAGGAACCAAUGGCACCACCUGCAGCCUCAAUGACUUUGAGUUCCAGCAGGCCAACACUUCUUCUUGCUGGCCCAGCAUGUCCGGAGGUGGACCUGAAACAGUGAUUGUUCCCGUGCUGUUUGGACUGAUCUUCCUUCUGGGCUUGGUGGGAAAUACCCUAGUACUGGUAGUUCUGGGCCGCCUUCGUCCAGGGAGACGUCCGUCGCGCAGUGCCACCAACAUCUUCAUCCUCAACCUGAGCAUUGCCGACUUCUCCUUCCUCCUCUUCUGCGUCCCCUUCCAGGCCACCAUCUAUUCCCUGCCUGAGUGGGUCUUUGGCGCCUUCUUCUGCAAGUGGGUCCACUACUUGUUCACGGCCACCAUGCUUGUCAGCAUCUUCACCCUGGUGGCCAUGUCGGUGGACCGGUACAUUGCCGUGGUGCACGCCAAGCGCUCGCUCUGGAUCCGCAGCAAACGCAAUGCCACUCUUGGUGUGGGAGUAAUCUGGCUCCUGUCCCUCCUCAUCGCCAUCCCAGUGGCUCAGCACCAGGUCCUCGUGAGUGAGCAGCCCCGGGCACCCAACAGUUCCUUCUGCUGGGAACACUGGGCUGAGAACCCAGGCGCAAAGCGGGUCUACAAGGUGACUCUCUUGGUGAUGGGUUACCUGCUGCCUCUGGUACUCAUCUCUUGCUGCUAUGCCAAGGUGUUAUAUCACCUUCAUAAAAAGGUGAAGAAUAUUUCCAGAAAAUCAGAGCGAUCCAAGAGAAAGACAGCCCAGACGGUGCUCCUUGUGGUUGCUGUGUUCAUGAUCUCCUGGCUCCCGCACCACAUCAUUACUAUGUGGGCUGAGUUUGGGCAUUUCCCCCUCAACAACGCCUCCUUCAUCUUCCGCAUCAUCUCUCACUGCUUAACCUACGGGAAUUCAUGCGUCAACCCCAUCAUCUACGCUUUCCUGUCAGAGAACUUUCGGAAAUCCUGCCAGCAAGUCUUCACCUGCAAGUUCCUCCUUCAGCCACCCCCUGCAGAGAAGCUAGUGAGGAUUCGCAUGGAGAACUUUUCCACCAGUCACUCAACAACCAAUGUUUAAAACUGGGAGCCAGAGCCUGGUGGAAAAAAACGGAGAUGGAAAUUAAAAAGGAUGCAAAUGAAUUCACCCAAGAAAAGGGAGGUUGGUCUGGCCAUUCUAUUUAGUCAUGUAAACAACCUAUUCAUCAUUGUCACCUUUGAGGCCCUUUUACACAGCUAACGCAAUUGUCAGGACAGUCUUAUAAAGAUGCUUCCAACAUUGCACAAAAGGGAAGCCAUCUAAGUUGUUUGUUACAGACCAAGAUGUAAUUGUGAGGUUUUAUGACCUGUGGAAAGAUUUCCAGCACCAGAUGAGUCUAUUUUUCAGGGACUGGGGAGUGUCAAUAGUGGGAAACACAGCUAAAAUAAUGUCUCGUAAAAUUGCCACUGUACAUUGAUUCCACUAAAGAUCUACCUUCAUCUCCACAAACCUGCUUUCAGUUACCUGUGAGUGGUGUUCUUGACUGCAUCAUAGACUUUGGGGUUGCAUUUUGCCUAAAAAGAAAAAGAGAGUUGAACAACUGCAUCUGAGUUAUUCAUGUUUGUUGUUUUGCAUAAUUUGUUCUGCAUUUUUAAUCUGAAGAAUUCCAGUUUGAGUGGUUGUGGGAAGGCGCUAUAUGGGGCAACCAAACCACACUCUCACAUCCUGGACGUCUAUGGUAUCUGCUUGGGUUUAGUUCCAGGAUUCCCAAUUUGUUAACAAAAUUUGUGGAUGCUAAAUUUCUGUUAUAUACAAUGGUGUAGUGAAAUUGUGUUCCUUGUACAAAAUGCAAUAAUCCAAGAGGUGGAUGGUGGAAUCUGCGGAUGCAGAAUCUAUGGAUAUGUAUCUAAUAUUUUAAAAGUAGCAUCCCACCAUUGGGACUGUAUUACGUAGUCUUUCUGCAUGUACUGACAAUCAAAAAAUGUGUGUUUUGUGUGCAGAGAAUAAUUCCCUCUACUAUGCGGGUUGUAUUCAUUGUAGCUUGUAAAACCAAAAUAGCCUUAUCCAGGCAUAAGAGGAAGAGAUCAAGUGGACAUGCAGGCAGUAAAAGAGAAUAAAAUAAAAACUAUCAUGAAGGGA